CAGAAUCGUAAUGUAGCCCGGAUCAGACAGUGCAGGGGUCGAGAGCCAACACUAAAAGUGGGACGCACCAAGAGUGUACCGCCACGUAGACCCCCUGUUGAUGUUUUGACGUGGCGAACACUUGUGUUCUCCAUUCUCUUCUGCGACCGCUUGCGCUCCGUUGCGCUGGUGCUUCGUUUUUGUAGCAGGCAAGGGUUACAAGUAUAAAUGUCGGCAACAUGAUCGUCGAUUACCGUGAGGUACCUCUCUUGAGCGCAUCCUCAGCGAUAUGUUGUCCCUUGUCGGUCUCGUAGCCAUUGUCUCUGUAGUCCAUGCGAAAUUCCACUCCCCGUCGACUCAGAUGCCCACGUACCCGAAUAUCGAGACAUGCGUCGACCUCCCAGUGCAGUACUCUUGCGAGAACACAACGGUCGUGACAGAUUCAUGCUGCAAUGUCGUACAAGGCGGGCUCGUUCUACAGGCGCAGUACUGGGACACAUAUACUGGCCUCGAGUCUCAGGGUCAACUGCUUCCACAAGGCAGCUGGAGUAUUCAUGGCCUACUGCCAGUGAACUGCGACGGCUCGUUUGGCCAGUACUGCGACCUUAACAGGCAGUAUGAUCCUACGCCAUCGCCAACGACCUUGCCCGAUGGGGCGGUUGUUACUCCUUACAAAGGACCGAGCGUAAGAACAUUUAUCAAGGAGUUCGGUCGUUCCGACUUGCUGCAGUACAUGGAUACCUUCUGGAUCAACCAGGGCGCACCUAAUGAGGACUUUUGGGCUCACGAGUUCUCAAAGCAUGCUACUUGCACAUCCACGUUCGACGUUGCCUGCUAUGAGCCUGGGUACCAGGAACACCAGGAAGUUGUGAACUUCUACGAGACUGUCACAAAGGUCUUCCAGUUGUAUCCAACCUACAAUAUGCUCGCUGCUGCAGGAAUUCUUCCCUCCAAUACAACGACAUACACCCGCUCACAGAUUACGAAUGCCCUUUAUUCCCAGACGGGUGCAGUUCCGUUUCUUGGCUGUUAUGAUGUUAAUGGCACUAUUUUGGAGGAGGUCUGGUAUUUCCACCAUGUGCUGGGCACGGAGCAAUACGGUCACUUUAAAACCCUCAACUCCACUGCCCCAGUGACCUGCGCAGAAACUGGACUCUGGUAUUAUGAGCGAACUGCAACCUCCGAGAAGGCUGUUUCAUAUUAAGUCAAAGGUGUACAUUGUGGAGUACUCUACGUCAAAUUUUAAACUGUGACUACGG